AUGGCUCAAACUUAUUCAGAAUAUGGUUCAAGGAAUAUUCCAGCACCCACUCAAUGCAAUUCAUCAAUAGAUGAGUAUUUCAAAAUGAUAAAGACAUAUGCUAUAGCAUUGAGAGUCGAUAUAAAUAAUAAGGAAAUCAAAGAAAAGUUUUUUAUUGGGUUAUCACCAGAGAACAAGAUAAAUACAAUUCGGUUUGGAAUCAAUGAACCCAUAAAUAAGAUAGUCAAUCACUUGAAUAGAAUCUCAACUGGACCUACUGAUAUUCAAAAGUUUCGAUUCGGGGAUUUGAGACAAGGGGAUGAUUCAAUAAUGGAAUAUUACACAAAAGUAAAAAAAUGUAAUGAAUCAGUUGGAUAUAAUGAAGAUCAUCUUAAACAUCGAUUCUUUCAUGGAUUAUCACCUGAUAACCAAAUAGAAGCCAGAAUAUGUGGAUUGGACCUUUCAUUAGAUGAGUUAGUAGGGAGAUUGAGUGCAAUUGAGGAUAUUCGGAAAAAUCAAAGUGAUGUCAUUUGGGUGUCUAUUUGA